AUGUCACAUGACUUGAAUGAACAACAAUGGCCGCCACGCUCGCCUUACGAAGCUCUGAUGAGCUCACCGAGUGGCCGACGAAAGUUUCGCGCGCAGCAGGAACAGGACCACACUUCGCCCACGGCUUCUCCUUCUAGAAGGACAUUACUGUCCCCGUCAUCUCUGCGGAGUACACAAAAGCAAGGAGUUUCCUUGUCUAGCGCUAUCAACGGCGAAAAUGAAGACGAGGAAGAUGAGGAAACCUUGCAAUUACAACUCCAGGCGAUUGAAGCCCGACUAAAGCUUAGACGGUUGCGCCAGGCAAAGAUCAAGGCGGCACAGGAAACCAAUAGUGAAGAUGCGGAGGAACCGACUCAGACAAUUUUGACUGGAAGCCAAGAAGACCGGGGGGGAGUAACAAAAAGAGCGCCCCCAAGCUCAAGGGCAGGUAGAACAAGAGGCACAGAUACCCAGCGUGAGGUGCAGAUACCGUUAUCCCCGCCGCCGAAAAGGCAGAAGCAGGAAGAAGCCAAAUCGCCGAGACGGGUCUUGUUAGGAAUUGAUAAAGGCCUGACGGGUCGUGAUGUCUCUUUACGACGGGCACCCAGUGUUCGGGAUGGACAAGCAUCGUCAGAAUCUAGGACGCCCCGGUUUCUACAGCCCCCAUCUUUCUCCCAGGAAGAGAGGCCUAAAAGCUUCAGUGAAAGAAUCGCACAGAGUCGAACGGCCGAGAAAGCGCAGAGAGAGCGAGAUGAGCGUAUCCGUAAAGCUCGAAGCAAAGGGUUCGGGCUAGACGAGAAGGAAGUUGAAAGCUUCAAAAACAACACGCAGGACUUUGAGUCUCUAGCAGGUCCAGCCGGAGAAACCGGUCACAAUUCCAACCAGCAAGAGUUCUCUCGAGACGAAGUUUUACGUGCCUUGAGAGAAUCGACCGAGGGACUUUCUCGAAGAGCGCGUCCGGGCUCAGCCUUACAGGCCGGAAGCAGAGAUGUCCCCAAGCCAAAGGCCUCCCAGAGUGCAACACCUUCACGGGCUGCGCCAUUUUCUCAAACACCAUCAUCUUCUUCCGCUCUACAACCUCCCGUCCACCGAGUAGACCCUAACAAUCCCAAGGAAGAAGAGACCCCUUCUACCUCCCCCGCCGAUAUUCCCAAUUUCGAACCAUUCUCUUCUCUCCACCUCUCCAAGCGAAUCCUCCCUCACGCAUUUCUCGCGCGAACUCUUUCCGGCAAGAAAGUCCUCUCCAUACCAGAUCUCUUGCGAACAGUAAAAUCUCCAGACUACGACCUCCCCGACGUCGAUGGAGAUUUUGUCGUCGUCGGCGUAAUCGCAUCAAAAUCCGAACCCAGAUCACACAAGAGUGGCAGUAACGGCAGCAAGCCCGACGGCGAGCAGCGAAGCAAAUACAUGGUCAUGACACUCACCGACCUGAAAUGGGAACUCGAGGUAUUCCUCUUCGGCAGCGGUUUCGAUCGAUGGUGGAAACUCACUCCCGGAACGGUCCUGGCCAUUCUCAAUCCGGGCAUCAUGCCACCGCCGCCGAAUAAGCGCGACACUGGCAAAUUUUCCCUCACGCUCAACUCAAGCGACGAUCUCAUCCUCGAGAUUGGAUCUGCCAGAGAUUUGGGAUACUGCAAGAGCGUCAAAAAGGACGGCAAAGAGUGCGGACAAUGGAUCGACAAGAGGCGGACAGAGUUUUGCGAGUUCCAUGUAAACUUGCAGUUUCAAAAAACAAAAGCCAGCCGCAUGGAAGUCAAUACCAUGUCUGCUCCUUUUGCUCCCGGUGGGAGGUCUGGACCUAGCACUGGAUUCUUUGGUGGGAACGGUGCCGGCGGACGACCAAGAAGCAGUAAAGGUAGCGGCGGCAACGGCGGCAGUGGCGGCAGUUUCAAAGACGAUGGCCUCAAGAAAGAAGGACCCGUAUUUGAUCGCGAGACUGGUUCCCGCGUUUUUAUAGCGCCCAAUAUGCAUCCCGGGGCCGUCAAUGGUGGGAGAAGCACAGCGUGCUUGCUCGACGACGAGGACGUCGAUCCUGACGCCUUCCACCGUGGCAUGGGCAAAGACGAGCGGCUUCGUCGCCGUCUAGCGGAACAUCAGCGCGAGCGUGACCUGGCCAAAAAGCUAGGAGAAGCUGGAGACGGCAUGGGCGGGGAGUACAUGCGUGUGCGGGCAUCAUCAUCUUCUGCCUCUUCAUCUGCUAGGCCCAAUGCAAGAAUUGGAGACGAGGGUGCUGACAAUACUGGUUCAGACCCCUUUGUUGAUGCCAGUGCGCUUGGGCUCGUAAAGAGUUCGACGCGGGAUAUCAAAUUAAGUCCAGUCAAGCGGAAAAGAGCAGACGCCUCUUCAUUCUCAUCUGGAUCACAGCAGCCGGUGGGAUGGGGUCACGCGUUUAAGCGCGGCUUGCCAGGGCAAGACAGCAGUAUCUCCACGCCAGCGCAAAUCUCUUCUACUUCUUCUUCCUUUUCAGAUGGCAAAAGAUACAAGAAUGAGGCAGUUCCCAAACCAGCCCUGUCUUUUAAUUCCCCGCGUGCCCCGCCCACUCCGUCUGCGAGUGCACAUAAGAAACUUGAUGAGAGACCUUCGCCUCGCAAAAGAACAAGAUUCGUGACGGAAGAUGGUAUCAAAGAAGCCGGAGCAGAUAGCGUUGGCGUCCGGAAUGGUAACAGAUUAGCCGUCGCCGCAGCAGAGGCUACUCGUAGGGGCAUCUUAAGAAAGACCACGACGGGUAAUGGCAAUUCAAUGUUAGCAGCUGGGAACGCGAAGGGACAAACCCCCAGGAAUAAUAUUGAUGAUGACGACGAUGACGACCUACUAAUUAUAUGAUAAAAGCCAUGAUACUAUAUAGAAAUGAAUGCAUCAAAAAUCCAUUGCAUACUUUCGCGAAGCUGACUUUUACUCGCAAGGAAUUGACACGAUUUCUCUUCUCUUCUCUUCUUUUCCCUUUUUUCUUCUUGGAUUCACAGACAUCAUCGUCAGUU